AUGGAGCCGCCGCCCCCGGACCGAUCACAAUAUCUCCUCCGACCAACGCGAAAACAGGACACAACGAUCAACGUGGUGACGCUCAACUGCCGGACACUGCGCAGCGCAGCACAGAAGAACCAGCUAGCGCGGACGCUCAACGACCUCAACGCGUCCUUUGGAUGCCUGCAGGAGACACGCAUCACCAGCGACGACAUGCAGUUCGAAGAUUCCGUGCCGCCGCCCAACUUCACCUCCAACCACCACCCGCGAGGGUAUAAGUUGUACGCCAGCAGCGCGGAUGACGGCAACGCCGGUUGCGCAGUAGCGGUUCGAAGCGACCUCGACGGGCUCGUGCACAGCUGGAGGGCCGUCUCCAGCCGACUUGUUUACGUCCACAUCAAAGAGGCAGCCCAGCCAACAUGGAUCCUGAGCGCCUACGCACCGCACAACGACCGCUCGGAAGAGGAGAAAGAUGCGUACUACGAGCAGCUCGACACAGUGCUCAGAAGCAUCCCACGAAGCCACCUCGUGCUCAUCGGGACGGACGCAAACGCACAAUUCGGGGCAUCUGAAUGCAGCCCAAGCCUCGGCAGAUGGUACUUCCCGGCUGUCGAAACAUCCGACAACGGCACGCGAAUCCUGUCACUUGCCGAGGAGCACGACUUGAUGCUGGCGAGCACGCUGAAGCGGAACCGUCUCAGGGAACGCGUGACGCACGACAACGUCGAGCGCAUAUCCCGGGAACUGAAGCGGAGACUACGCGCAGACCACCACGUCAGCCAGCUGGACUACAUUCUCAUCCGUACGAAGUGGGCCACUGACGUCGUAAAGGGCGGAAGCAUACCUAACACGCCUUUCGAUUCGGACCAUCGGCCAGUACGCGUCCAAAUCCGCCUCCGGUACAAACCACCAAAGCAGUGCUGGCAGAAACGAACGCUAAUCCGUCAGCGCUACCAGUCGGAAGUCCUCAUCCAACUCGAGCCCACGGAACGCCGCCGUGCGAUUGCCGCACCUACCCUGAGCGACAUCACGAAGGCCAUGGUAGCUGCCCGAAACUCAACCGUGCCUGAAGUCCGCCCGCAAAAGAAGAAGGCGCUUCUAAGCGCCCAAGCCGAACACCUUGCAGCACAGCUGGCAGUGGCAAAGCGGAAUAAGGCAGAGGACGUGAAGCGACUGCGCAACUGCUCCGAAAUCGGCUAA